AUGGAAGAAGGAAUCUUAGCCGUAAGGGUACGUUUGCUUUGAGGAAAUCAUCAUUUCCACUAAUGCAUUGCCAUUAAACUUGGGGAGGGAGAGGGAAAGAGACAUAUCCUUGGGUGUACCAUCUGUUGGAGUUUCAGAGGCUCUGCACCCAAAUCGUUGAAAUUAGGGAAAGCUGUAUAGUUAUUCUUUUCUCCUCAAUUAUCUAGAUAUCAGAAGAAAGCCCUGAUUGGUGAUUGAGACAAUACGUCUUACUUUCUUCUUAUUCAGUUUUUAAUACUAAUGGGCAUUGGGUGGAGGAUCAUCCAGAGUUUGGUCUUUUAACAAUGGCCAGCUCCCAAAAGCGUUAAUCAAAUAGCCGACUGACCAAGCAUGAUGCCCUUCAAGCCAAAUGCAAUAGUAUGUUGAAGAGAGAGGACUUAUCCAAGAACAGGCAGCUGCCGAGGUGAAGGAGGCUGUUGCUGCUGCUUGUGUAACGCAGUUGACGAGGAGAAUGAAGAACAGCCCAUCGCUAAUGCUUUCACUUCUCCUUACUCUUCGACCCCAGAUAUCAAAUAUACCAUCACCCUCUCGCUACCACCGUCAUUACGUCAAGCUCCACCAACAAAUCGUCCAUCUUUUGUUCCUAGUCCGUCUCGAAUUCCUUUCCCAUUUCCUCGCCUAUUUCUGGCUCGCGAGUCGCGAUACAGAUUGA